CAGCUUGAUGACGCGUAUAUAUCGCGUCUAGUACCUUACUACUACAUGGGCGUGUAGAAUACAAAGAUAAGACUGUAGUAGAGAACUUCUUUUCGUAACAUAUUGGACAAGACAACGGUAAUAAUUUCUUCAUCGGGUAACUUCAGCUUGAGGUAAAAGGCUGCAAUUGCAAAAGACUGAGAAGACAUUUUAAGUAUAUUGUGCAAUAUGAGGCUUGUGAUACUGGAUGACUAUGACGAGGCCAGUCAUUGGGCAGCCAAGUAUGUACGCAAUCGUAUCCUGGAGUUCAACCCUGGACCUGACAAGUACUUCACACUGGGGCUUCCAACAGGAGGCACCCCAGAGGGUAUGUACAGAAAGCUGAUAGAGUUCCACAAGGAGGGAGGCCUGUCCUUUCAGUAUGUCAAGACAUUCAAUAUGGAUGAGUAUGUAGGCCUACCCCGAGACCACCCAGAGAGCUACCAUUCCUUCAUGUGGAAUAAGUUCUUCAAGCACAUCGACAUCUUGCCUGAGAAUGCACACAUUCUGGACGGAAAUGCUGAAGACUUGGACAAAGAGUGCGAAAGAUAUGAAGAGGAGAUCAAACAGGCUGGUGGAGUCGAAUUAUUUAUAGGAGGUAUCGGUCCCGACGGUCAUAUAGCCUUCAACGAGCCCGGCUCUAGUCUGGUGUCUAGGACACGAAUCAAGUCCUUAGCGCACGACACCAUCAUUGCCAAUGCGAGGUUCUUCGACGGAGACAUCUCCAAAGUGCCGACUAGUGCGCUGACUGUGGGUGUCGGUACGGUCAUGGACGCAAGAGAGGUCAUGAUAAUCAUCACUGGUGCCCACAAGGCCUUUGCCUUAUACAAGGCAGUGGAGGAAGGCGUCAGCCACAUGUGGACCGUCUCGGCCUUCCAGCAGCAUCCCAAGGCCAUCUUCAUCUGCGAUGAAGACGCCACGUUGGAACUGAGAGUCAAGACUGUCAAAUAUUUCAAGGGGCUCAUGGAAGUCCACGACAAACUUGUCCAGUCUUCCCAUGAACAGUCGGCAAAGAGACAAAAACUUAAAUGAGAGAGGCUUCAAUUUCUAGGAAAUUUUUCCAAAUAAAGUAGCUUUGUUAAAGAGAAAGGCCCAUUGGAAGCCUUUUGAAAACUAGAAGGAAAAUGGCUAAAAAUAUCAAGAGGAUAUGAAAGUAUUUCUAUAAUAGCUUCAAACCACAGCAUUACUUGCCAUUACUUCCAUUGUAAAACUAAAUACGGUAUUGACAAAAUAGAUCGUAGUUAAAUAUAAGGCAGUGUGUGCUCAUACAGCCGUCCGUUUUGCACAUCGGGGAAGGGUUUUGUAUUUGAUCUGAAAUUACAGAGCAUUUUCAUCUACAAGAUUGAAAAUUUGUUUAUAUGAUAGAAAAUUAUUUUGAAAGUUGUAUGCAAUUAUUGUCAUUCACUUAAGUAGGUGUUUAUUUUGUAUAUCCCUUCAAGUCAAAACCUUUUACUUUAUGAUUCUGUGAAUGGUUUAUGGAUGAAGAUUCAUAAUAAUUUUGAGAUAAACAGGUACAUUUUUCUUUGAAAUUCCAUCGACCUUUCUCAUUGUGACUCGUAAUGUGUGUAGAUUGUCUCCUAAUUGUGGAAUUCAGUUCUGCCAGUUGUCUACCUACAAGAUGUCAUUGCACUUGCCAUAAAGCCAUACUUAAAGCUAAAGCCAUCCUGUUAAAUUGUGACUUGCAUUGUACAUGUGGUAUGUUAACAUUUUUACUAAUCAUGACCUUUUUAUCAAACAUUGUGGCCUAAUCAUUCGACAAGGUGGGUGUAACUGUUUUUGCAAAUGAAUGUGUACUUUUCAAAUUGCCAUUGUUAUAGAUGAUUGACGUUAAGUAUCAGUGCCCAGAAAAUGGUGGAGCCUGAAAAGGAACAGUAUUUAUCAUAAAGACAUUUAUUGCUUGAUCAUCAGUACUUUUGUCACAUAAUCUUCCAAGUGCUUGUAACCAUGAAUAUAAGAAAUAAAAGAAAGAAAUGCAUAUAACAUA